CGCCACCGUUAAUGCGCGUCUACGUUGCGCAAAGAUAUCAAAAAAUGGUUCUAAUGAUAUAAAAAAUAACCUUAUUGUAAUAUUUUUUUAAACUUCUUUAAAAAUUAAAUAAAGAUGUUUAUCCAAUAUAUGACAUGUUGACUUAAUUGACCAAGUUGGCGUCUACAAGUGUCAUAAAUCGUUAUAAUCGACAAUCAGCUGAUUUACUUCUCAUCAUUGGCUGACUUCUCUAUAUCAUAUUGAGCUUGACAUUUAAAAAUCUGUAAUUCGAUCAUGGAAAGCCAACCAUUGAAUCCAGCAUAUGAUAAGCCACCACCUUAUUCAGUAGCUACAGCACCUCCAGCAUCUUCGUGGCAACCUCCUCCUGGUUAUUAUCCUAGUAAUGGAGCUCCUUACCAAAGUGCAUCUAUUCCGUCAUAUGGUACAACAACUACUGUUGUGGUACCAGAAAUAAUUUUUGUUGGCGCUUGUCCGGCAUGCAGAGUUGGUUUGUUAGAAGACGAUUAUACAUGUCUUGGAGUAUUAUGUGCUAUCUUCUUUUUUCCUUUUGGAAUCUUAUUUUGUUUAUUGAUGAAAAAUAAAAAAUGUUCCAACUGCGGAGCUCUGUUCAAUUAAACUAUCAAAGAGUUGGUUAGAAGAUGUGAUGAUAUAAUUUUUAUGAAUUUAUUACGUAAGUUUAAUACAGAAUUUAACAUUAAUUUUUUUACAAUAAAAUUUAAUGACGUUUACAAUGUCAAAGUUUUUUGUGAUGCAGAAAUUAUGCCAACAAUGUUGAAAGAUUUAGUUUCAAGGUGAAACUAUGAUAUUUAUUAAUGACUUAUUCUAUGUUAAUAAAUAAGAUUACAGUUGAUGAAAUUUUAUGAUGAGGCAGUUAUAUUUUUUUGAAAGAUAGAAGUUUCAUAGAUCAAAUUUUAUUUUUUUAAGUAAAUAGUUGGAAAAAUUUUCUACAAAUUGAAAGCCACUGAAUAAAUGAUAGAUAAAAUACAGUGUGUAAAUAUAAUUUACAACAUAGAAAAAAUUUUUUAAUUUAAAAUGUUACAUUGUAAUUAAUAUGUGGCCGGUAAAUGUUACAUAUGUAAAUUAAAUCUGAUAAAUAUUUAUAAAAGAAUAUAAAUACAUAUAUUAUCGUGAAAAAAUUUUGAUAUAUAAAAAUAAUUGUUCUGAAUUACUUUGUUAUCACCCUUUCUUCUAGAUCAUUCAUAUUCUGCGUGAUCUUACAUGACAUUUAUUGCAUCCUAUUAGGUGAUAAUAGUGACAUGACGUUUACUAUUAUAUGUGAUUAAACUUUUGUUCUUUAAUGAAUGCAUAGUUGAUGAAUGAAUUUAAUGAUUUAAUGAUGACAACAAUGAAAUUUUUUAAUAAAAAUGAUCGCUGUGAUAAUUAUAGUAAAAAAGACGAUAGCAGUAUACGCUGAUCAUUAAUGAAAUUUAAUAUAAAAAUAAGAAAGAUCAUAGAUAAA